AUGUCUCGUCACCGGGCAGUUAGAAACAUGAACAUUGAGGAGGAACUCAAUGACGACGCCUUCUCCGAAGAGGAGGGAUUUGAAAUGACCCCAGAUGAGCAAGUGCAAUUCGAGGACGCCUUGGAUAAGGUCUACGAGAUCGUGGGAGACGAAGCGACCACAGGGGUUCCUGAUUCUUUCGUGAAGCAAGUUGUAUACGAUUGUUUCUUUGAUGUUAAUCAGAGCAUAGAUAUAAUACUGCAGGAGAAAGCGCGGAUAGAUGCAGCUAGAGAGCGAAGAGAUGACAGAGGACUUCCCAUACGUCCUCCGGGUGAAGAGGGCUACGAGGAGUAUUACGCGGAACUUGGUGGCCAAGCAUCUGAUUAUCUUGUACCGCAAUCUACUGGAUUCACUAGGCGGCUGUCAACGAUUUCCGAGAGGACGGAGGGGACGGAGAGAACUCCUAGAACUCAGAACAGUGGGCCCUGGCCGUCCCGUCAGGAACUCCUUGCAAGCCGACGUCCUCCGUCAACACCAACGACUAGUUCAUAUGGCCAAGUUCUGCAUCCGUCUGCUAGUACGUUUGGACUUCGUCGGAAAAGUGGCGUAGAGGGAGGUGAUGCACGCUCGGACUUGACUACGUCCGAAGAUUAUGGCCAGGUCAUAGAUAACGAGCGAACAAUCGAUCCAAACGACAUUCAUCCGUCGCCGUCGCUCUCAGCUAUUCGUCACUUAGAAAUUAGGACGCCGAGCCCAUCGCCCUCAGGUGUGAGCAGUGUUCCAACAGUUCAAGCUCCGCCACAAGGAAAACCAUAUCAAACACCCGGCCCUAGGGUCCGUGGUCAUGGGACUAGAUCGUCUUCAUCCAUCAGCUCACUCUCUGCUCUUCGCCAGGCUCCUCCGGUUGCCACUGAGCGCAGUCUGCCCAAGAUACCGUCUUCCAAACACAGUCAAUCCGAAUUAGGACAUUCACAAGCUUCAUCCAAGGGCGGAAUGUCACAGAUGGAAGCUUCCCCAAAGAAGUCGAAGCUUGCUUCUCUUGCGAGCUCGCGCAAGUCAAAGCCGCCUCCCAGCGAGUCGAGCGCUUCAUACACUACAACGGAGACGAUGGCAACAUAUCCAGAGCUGCGCCCGAGAUCAUUAACAACUGGAUACACGUCUAUCCCUGGCUCCUCCCUGGAGCGACAAGGCGAUGCUGCUAGCCGCGGGAGUGCAUCGGGUAGCCCUGGACAGAAGAUAGAUAAGGCAAGGAUGAGUAGAGAAGCUGUGACACAUAGUUCCUUCGCAUUGCCAGUCCAAUCGCGGCUGUCACCCACGGCUCAUAAGACAGCAUCGUUGCAAUCCAUACCAUCAGAAGCACCUUCAACACCAACUCGGCCCCUUUUAGCAGUCGACCCCGGAAAGAUAGAAGCGCCAGAACAUCCCGAGGACGAACCACACCUUACAGAGAUACCAACAUCGGUGGCCGACAAACCACCUCUGUCCAAGUUGGCCCAGUUAGCUCAGGCUAAAGCAGCAAACCGCGAGCAUACUACACGAAAAAUACAAAAGCCGCGUAUUCUGAAUCCGCCGUUUGCAGAGACACAGUACCUUAAGCCUGCUUACAGUAACUCCUCCAUGACCACUGCGAUCACGACAUAUACUCAGACUGUAGACAAUAUGGUUGCAAUGUCGCGUGCGGACCUGCCACCCUCAUACCCGCCGGACGGGAAACAAUCUAAGUUAGCCCAAAAGGCAAAGAAUUCUAAUACCAAGCAGAAAUCUUCACCUGCUAAAGACGCACAACGUGAGGCAUUGGAGAGAGCGAGAAGUCAUGCGCAAACGCUGCUUCACAAUGGGAACCUGUCAGCCGAACCAUCACAAUUUGCUUCACUUCUUGUGAAUGAUCGCGGGUUGGUCAAGCAGCCAGGUCCUGAUGGCGAUGGAACUUACGGACAGAGAGCGGAACAGAAAGCAGAGAAGAAGACCCAGGAACGUCUACUUAGACGGAUGCGCAAAGAGGCUUUACUACCUAUGCAUCUGCUGAAUCCAACCGUGCUGAAGUCGACAGCUUUUACAUUCGACGUUCCUAGUCCAGAUGAUGUCGUCCUGAAUGCACGAAAAGGGACGGCGCUUGAUGCAGCUCGUCGCAGCCAGCCUCGUUCUAGACAGCCUUCACAGCCAGCAAGUGAAGCACGCAGCCAUGCCGCGGUAGCAUCGGCUCGGUGA